AUGAAUCAAAGACGACUCUUGCACGCUCUCUUGCAUCAAAAGAAAGUUUCAUCUCCUUCAUCACUUUUAACAACAACUAUUCAAAAACGUUUUGUUUCAAGCAGUUCCGAUCGUUCCCCUCUUGAAACUACUCCGGGACACGUGAAACGUACAACCGUUGAUUUGAGUAGAAAGCAACCCGAAUAUGAAUUACCAUAUCAAGGCCCACAAGAAUACAAUAUCAACACGUCUGGAUUUGAUGAUACAUAUGAUGUUUGGUGGGAAGAUGGUGCCGGACAAAAACAAUGGGCCUAUAAAGAUACCUACCCCACACUAUCAACAAAAGAUGUUCUUUUGAGUACUGCUUAUCUUGUUGGUUGGGCACUUGCUUUGUGGGCUUUCUAUAAACAUUUCUUACAACCAACCCUUUCUAUUCAUCCUGCUACAUUGGUUGCCAUGAGUCCAAGCCAAAGAGAAAAAGCAAAAGAACUCCGUGAAAAAAGACUUGAAGAAAUGGAAAAGUAUGGCAUUGAACAAUAA